AUGGGUGGGACUUGUGGGUUCAAGGUGAACACUAACUCACCCGGGUGGCACAAGAGCUUGACGAAAAUCCUCAAGAAAAUCAAAGGAGGGAAUUUCGCAAUAGAUGUGGAGGAAGGGGUUGCAUAUGUUACGGGGCAAGGAAACCUAAAGAAGCUGCUGAAGCUGAUGGGUUCAAAGACGAGCAAAGAUGCGGAAAUGGCGUUUGUGAAAACGGGAUCAGGGCACCAACCACCAUACGACCCUAAUUAUUACAACAGCAACAACAACUACUAUGGCCACUACGGUCAGGGCAUGCCCUUCUCCUCUGGUUACGCUCAUUCCGACAUGGCUUACCCUUACCCUCCUCCGUCCAUGUACUACUCCUCGGCCCCACGCCCCCUACCCUAUCAUCAUCAGUAUCCUUAUUCUGGAUAUUGUAAUUACUCCAAUUACUAUUAG